AUGUAUUUAUAUAUGUCAGUCUGUUCACAUCUAUCUAUCUAUCUAUCUAUCUAUCUAUCUAUCUAUCUAUCUUCAAUAUCAAAUAUUAACAAAUCAAUCUCUCCUAGUCUAUUUAUAUCAAUCCUUCUAUCUAAUUCACCCCACUAUUCUCUUUAUUUCUCUCUAAUCUCUCUCUCUCUCUCUCUCUCUCUCUCUACCUUUGUCUUAUUUUUCUCCGGUUUUCUCUUUGAAGCUUAUUUUAUUAUAAAUUCCUUCAUUAUUACCGAUUCUUAUCUAUUUCCCUCUCUCUUUUCUUACACUCUGUUCCUCUCUCUUUUCUUACUCUAUUUCCCUCUCUCUUUUCUUACACUCUUUUCCUCUCACUUUUCUUACACCCUUUUCCUCUCUCUCUUUUCUUACUCUAUUUCCCUCUCUCUUUUCUUACUCUCUUUUCCUCUCCCGUUUCUUACUCUCUUUCCCUCUCUCUUUUCUCACUCUAUUUCCCUCUCUUUUCUUAAACUCUUUUCCUCUCUCUUUUCUUACUCUCUUUUCCUUUUCUUACUCUCUUUACCUCUCCCUUUUUCUUCCUCUUUUUUCUCUCUCUUUUCUUACUCUACCUUUUCCUCUCUUUUUUCUUUAACUCUGUUCCUCUCUCUUUUCUUAACUUUUUCCCUUUUUUCUUACAGAAUUCCUCUCAAAAAAAGAAGAAAAAGUAGAAAGGCUCUCUUUUCUUUCUCCCUUCCUCUCUCUUUCAUCAGUUUUCCUCUCCCAUUUUCCUUCCCUUUUUUUUUUCUCCCUUUUCUUCCUCUUUUUCCUCUCUCUUUUCUUACUCUCUUUUCCUCUCCCUUUUCUUACAGUCUUUUCCUCUCUCUUUUCUUACUCUCUUUUCUUACUCUGUUUUCUUCUCUUUUUUCUCUCUUCCUUGAUUCCUCUUUUGCCCAACUUUCCUUUAUAUCUCCAUUUCUGUACAAAACCCACAUCCUCAAUCUUUUUUAUACACAUUUCACGAUUUUCAUCCUUCAUUUUACAGUAUGUCUUCUUUCUCUUUCUUCGUCUCUCUUCACCCUCUCUCUCUCUCUCUUGUUCUUUCCCUUCCUCUUUCUUUUUUUUUUGUUCUCACUCUUCAUCUCUCUUAUUCUCUCCUUUCUUAUCCGUUUCUCUUGUUUUUACUCUCCCUGUCUCUUUUUUGUUUUCUCUCUCCCUGUCUCUUUCUCUUGUUCUUUCUCUUUCUCUCUCUCUCUCUCUCUCUCUCUCUCUCUCUCUCGUGUUCUCACUAUCGUCCUCUUUUUCUCUUGGUCUCUCUUCUUCUCUCUCUCUCUUGUUCUCAGUCUUCCUCUCUUCUCUCUUCCUCUUGUUCUCACUCUUUCCUGA